GUAACACUAUUGUGUCAGGUUAUCCCUGUUGACUGUUUUCCCUAUCGACGAUUACAUAAAAGCGUAUUGGAGGUGAAUCGUUUGAUAUGCUCUGAGAUAAUUGAAGUGUAAACAUUCAGGAAACAAUUCUUCUGUGUCAACAAUGGGUAACAUACGAGACCAGCCUCUCCAGGAGCCCUACGCUGCACCCUUCAUUAAAACGCCUGUUAGCGAUUACUUUCUUCGGGUAAUCAAUUAUCAAAAUCGUACAGAUUGCGGGAUGUACGAGUUGCACUACAGCGACUGCAUGGAAGCUUAUGGCCAUCACAUAGGUCGGAAAAAGUGCAGAUUGAUAUAUGAAGAUUUAUAUGAAUGUAUAUACCGAAUAAAACGAUUUCGACGUACCGCACUAAUGAGAGAAGAAAGGAAACGCCAAUACAAGAGUGGUGAAAGGGAUAAACAGUAUCCAGAUACUUUUCCACCACUCGAUCUUUUUUGAGUCGUUAUUACUCGCAACUCGGAUUAUAGUUCAUGCGUAACAGUGUCAGAACUUAAUAAACGGCAGAUGUGUUUUCUUGUUUAA